UUAACUCAAAGGCGCAUGGAACGCUGUUACCUUCCCACCAAAGGUUUUCAGGCCUCUGAUAUAGUCUAUUUACCACGAGUCACCAGAAAUGGCAGCACCAAGAAACGCAAGAUAGCAAGUGAGUGUAGAAGAUUUCAAACACGGUGGGAAAAUGAAUAUUUCUUUAAAGAAAUCAACGGAAAGUGUGUCUGUUUGAUUUGCAAUGAAGAUGUUGCCGUGAUGAAAGAGUAUAAUGUCCAUCGGCACUAUGAGACCAAGCAUCAGAGCUACGCAUCGUACACAGGUGCCAAACGAGCACAGAAAUUCAAGCAAAUGGCAGCUAGCCUGCAAGCUCAACAACAGUUUUUAUUUCGUGCUAACAAAAUACAGGAAAACGCCACAGCAGCAAGCUAUGAAGUCGCAAAACUUAUUGCCCAGCAUGGCAAACCGUUCUCAGACGGUGAUUUCAUAAAGCAGUGCCUCAUCAAAGUCACAGAAGUAAUGUGCCCGGAAAAAGUGCAGGAUUUCAACAACGUGACCUUAUCCAGAAAUACAGUGGUGCGGAGAAUCGAGGACUUGUCAGCUAACCUGAAACUUCAGCUGAGAAAAAGCUUGUGCUUUUGAUUUUUACUCGAUAGCAUGCGAUGAGAGCACAGACGCCACAGACACCGCACAGCUUUUAA